GAUGAAAACAAGGAGUUCACUGGGUCUGAUGGAACUGUUAAGAACAUCGAAAACUAAUUUGAUGAAGAUAUCUGAUUUGGAACGGCAUCGACCAAAAAGGUCAACUUUCUUCCAGACGGGUGUGAAAGUCUGUCCUCAGGAAACUGUGAAAGAGGUCAUAGCGAGCCACCAAGCGUACUACAAACUGCGAGUUUGCCAGGAGGCGAUCUGGGAAGCCUUCCGGAUCUUCUUUGACAGGAUCCCGAGCACGGCCGAGUACCAGAGAUGGGUGCACAGCUGCCAGUUUGAGUCACUCAGCAUCGCGGACCUGACCCGGAACUUCAGCAACUCGCAGGAGCACAUCGACAUGGUGUACCGGAGAGUGAACAUGCGAGAUGAGAAGCUUCGUGGGCGUGGUGAUUCUGCAAUAAAGACGGGGCCAUCGACUGAGACCGCAGCUGAAAUAACAGGUCCAAAAGAAAUUCCAACAGAGACACCACCCUAUGGUCCAACAGCAAGCAGACCGGGAUCUCCUAAUGAUGUCGCAGAUGUCACCAAGACUACAGUGGAGGAGACUGAACUUCCCAACAUUGUGCCGGAGCAGCUAGUGGAGCAAGCGGUAGAGUUCACCAUUACGAUUGUGAACCCGGAAUAUGGCCACCUUCUGAACGACCCAGACAGCCCCCAGUACCAUGACCUCACCCAGAACCUGCGAGAUCAGAUGCAGCAAAGUUUUGACAAGCUACCCGGAUUCAAAGACAUCAGCGUGCUGGGAAUAAGUGGCAUAUCCGUGCACUACAGUGUUGUGUUUGAGAUGGACGCGGAAUCCAUCGACGUUGCUGACAAAGAGGCGUCAGAUGGGGAUGGGAAAACGGCCUCUUCUGUUACAAAGAGCCUGAAGACGAUGAUAGAGAAGGUCCUGACCAAAGGAAUCGCCCUGCCGGUGGAUCUCAGUUCCCUCAACUUUGAUCCAGUAACCCAACCAACCCCCACACCAAUGCUGGAAGGUUCAGAAGUAAUCAGUGACGUGCCACAGGACUCAGGUGGCACUGGUGACCUGACAGAGUCGACUGAGGAGCCUGUGACCGCGAUGGAGGAGACGCUCCUGGAAGUUCCUCUCACCCCUGAGGAGACGGCAGGCAUGCAGCAAGCCGCCACUCCGCCCACUGCGACCGGCAGUGUCCCGGAGCUGAUCACCGAUAGGACUGUGAAUGAAUCUGAGCCGACAAGCAGUGAUCUUGUCGCAACAAUGCCGUCGAUGAACAAGCCUGAAGAAAUCAAACCAAUAAUUACAGACGUGACAGAAUCCAUUCAUGAGGACAAUGAAAAACACCCAUUCGCUCCGACUGAUGACAUCAGUAAAAAUAUAAUCCCCAGCAGCGGUCAUGAGUUUGGUCUUGAUGUUCAGAAUACUACUGUUGACCUCCAGUCUAAUAUUAAUGACUGGCAGACUGAGGACGAUUCAAGUACUGAUGAGCUUCAGCCUGAUGACACCAUUGAACCUCCGAAAACUGAAGACUCACAGGCUGAGGAAGUCACUACGGGUGCAGGAUAUCUGCCUGACCCUGCUGAGACUCUGGUCCUUCAUGUAGAUGAAAUGACUGACAGAACCGUCACUGGAGCAGAAGAGGAUGUCAGUAAGCGAGGCUCAGAAGAUGACUUGACCUCUGGAGACGGAAUCGUCACUCAGGGUGGGCCGGCAGGCGUGGAAGAAGGCUUUCCGAAGGUGACCUCGCGACCUGAUACCAGCACGGCAGAAGACAGCGUCAGUGGGGAGAGCCUGGAGCUCGUGGAUGCCGAUUCCACGGCUGAUGUCUUACUCACAGAGCAGCUCCUGACCACGAAACCACCCACCGAAUUCAUCACACCUGAUUCACAGGGAUUCACAACCGCCGACUUGUAUGAUACCGAAGAAGUGACUGUAGGUACCCAGACUGAUUCAGACAUUAGGGCGGAUGACGUACUCAUAGACGCGACUCUGGCAGCUAUUCCAACCCGGUACAACCAGACAGACGUGGUGAGCACAGAAACCAUGGACUUGCAGGACUAUGGCAGUGGAGACCAUCUGGAGACCACUGUGGCUCCACCACUGAGGUACCUCACCACUCCUUCCAUGACUACAGCCAGCAAGGGCAAGGAGUUAGUGGUGUUUUUCAGUCUGCGAGUCACGAACAUGGACUUUUCUGAUGACUUGUUCAACAAGAGCUCCCAAGAGUACAAAGCCUUGGAGAACAGAUUCCUCGAGCUGUUACUUCCAUACCUGCAGUCCAACCUGACAGGAUUCAAGCAGCUGGAGAUCCUGAACUUCAGAAACGGCAGCGUUGUAGUUAAUAGCAAGAUGAAGUUUGCGAAGUCUGUGCCGUACAACAUCACUCAGGCCGUGCACUGCGUGCUGGAGGAGUUCUGCAGCACGGCCUCCAAGCGUCUGGAUAUUGAUAUCGACACGCGCUCCCUGGACGUGGAGCCUGCUGAUCAAGCAGACCCUUGCAAGUUCUUGGCCUGCAACGAAUUCUCUCAGUGUGUCGUAAACAGACGGAGCAAAGAGGCUGAGUGUUUAUGUGACCCUGGCUACAUUUCCCUGGACGGCCUGCCUUGCCAGAGUGUCUGUAACCUCCAGCAGGCCUACUGCCUCAAUGGGGGGCAGUGUGAGAUUAUUCCAGGGCACGGUGCCAUUUGCAGAUGUCCUGUAGGUAAAUACUGGGACGUCCAAGGAGGGCGCUGCAUGAUUCCCCUGCCUGUAGAACCCUUCCUCCUCACAGCCUGCCUGCUGGGAUUUCUCACCACUGUUUUUGCGGUGAUCAGUUUCACGAUGUUCAUACACAGAAAAUGUACACUCACCAGAACGACAGCAAGUUCGGUGUAAGCAGGAGCUAUUUUGGCAAAGUGUUCAUUUUAAAGGAAACAUGCAC